UGAAAUUCAAAAUUAUCACACUAAUAUUAGUAUCAGUCUUCAUUAAUUGACAUAUUCCAAAUGUCGUUCGAAAAUUUCAUAAAUUAUCAGCUUAUACUGCUCAUAUCUGCAUAGCUUAAAGCUAAAAUGGCUGCUUGUUGCAAAUGUAAAGGUAAAGGAAGGAAGGAUGGGAAGGAGGAUACAAAAGCAGAACCUUGUCCGCCACCUAAACCUGAAGAGCCAAAAGAAUUGGAAGGAUUUAAAGUGAUUAUGGUCAGACACGGCGAAUCUGAAUGGAACCAGAAAAACUUAUUUUGUGGUUGGGUAGAUGUAGAUUUAAGUGACAGGGGAAGAGAGGAGGCAGUAAGUGCGGGUAAAGCUUUAAAAAAAGAAUGUAGAAAAUUUGAUGUUGCCUAUACUUCCGUUCUGAGGAGAGCACAUCAAACUCUGGAUGGCAUUUUACAGGAGUUAAGACAAACAGAUAUACCUAUAAUAAAGAAUUGGCGGUUAAAUGAAAGACAUUAUGGUGGACUUACUGGUUUGAAUAAAAAGGAAACCGCUGAAAAAUACGGAGCCGAGCAGGUUCAAAUAUGGAGGAGGAGUUUUGAUACUCCUCCACCGCCUAUGAAAUGUGAUCAUCCAUAUUUUAUGCAAAUAAGGACUGACCCUAUAUACAAAGAUGGUCCAUCGCAAGAGGAGUUUCCCAAAUAUGAAUCGUUAAAAUUAACCAUCCAAAGAACUUUACCAUAUUGGAAUGAUACUAUUGUGCCAGAUAUCAAAUCUGGUAAAAAAGUCCUCAUUGUUGCACAUGGCAACAGUCUUAGAGGUAUAGUAAAAACAUUGGAUGACAUGUCUAAUGAAGCCAUCAUGGAACUUAAUCUACCCACUGGAAUACCAUUUGAAUAUACAUUGGAUCAAUGCAUGAAACCUGUACCUGGAGGAAGUAUGAGAUUUUUGGGUGAUCCUGAAACUGUGCAAAAAGCCAUGGAUGAAGUGAAAAACCAGAUUAAGAAAUAAGCAAACAUUUUGAGUCUUUAAGUUAUGUGUGAACAAAAUAAAGCAGAUAAAAGUGACUAAA